GGGACACACAGCAUGAGCUCGACAGGUACGUGUGCAGGAACGGACAGGACUGCCGUCCGGCUGCGGGGAACGAGCUCUCGAGAACGAAGAAGAGAUAAGAUUGCAUGGGAUCUCGAGGGGGGCCACCGCGAGGGCUCAAACGCUGCAGAGCCACAGAGCAGGAACCAAACUUUUUGCAGCGGUAGGGAGCCACCCGACCGAGCGCUCCUGAGAACAGAGGCCGGAAACGCGUCACCGCGCGUGCGCCGGUACGGCCAGGCCGAGGCGUCCUCCUGAUUGGCUGCGGGGACGCUCAGAAGCGAAGCUGCGAGCGCGCGCGUUCCUUCCACGUGAACCUGAGGGCUGUGUGUUACCCUCCGUACUCCCUCGUCUCCGCGGGGGCUUUAGUUCCUUGUCCAGAACGCUCGUCCCCGGUGCUCGGAAUGUUCCCAGAACUCAAUAACCUCCUCAAUACCAGCCCUGACAGCGUGGAGCAGGGGACACUGACCCUCCUGUGUGACGCUGGGACAGAUGGCAGUUUCCUCGUGCACCACUUUCUCUCCUUCUACCUCAAAGCUAAUUGUAAAGUCUGCUUUGUGGCGCUUGUCCAGUCCUUCAGUCACUAUAACGUCGUGGGACAGAAGCUGGGCGUCAGCCUGACCUCGGCCCGGGAGCGCGGGCAGCUCGUGUUCCUGGAGGGUCUCAAGUCGUCGGUGGAUGUCGUCCUCCGGGCUGAGGCGGAGCCGCACCCGCUGGGCUUCCUCAGGGAGGCCGGCGCCGGGAACCUGCAGCCGCUGUACGAGUUCGUGCGGGAGGCCCUGGAGCCCGUGGACUGCAGGGAGGCUGCCUGGAGGAGCCCGGUCCUGCUGGUGGAUGACCUCAGCGUGCUGCUGGGCCUGGGCGUGGGGGCAGUGGCCGUGCUGGACUUCAUCCACUAUUGCCGGGCCACCGUGUGCUGCUCGCUGCAGGGAAGCAUCGUGGCCCUCGUGCACGACAGCGGAGAUGCCGAGGACGAGGAGAGCGACGUGCUGUUGAAUGGCCUCAGUCACCAGAGCCACCUGAUCCUGCGGGCCGAGGGCCUGGCCACCGGCUUCUGCAGGGACGUGCACGGGCAGCUGAGGAUCCUGUGGCGGAGACCGUCCCCGCCCACCGCCGCCCGGCGGGACCGGAGCCUCACUUUCCAGUACAAGAUACAGGACAAGAGCGUGUCCUUCUUCGCCAGAGGCAUGUCUCCGGCCGUCCUGUGAGCGGACCUCGGGGCAGGCCGUGCUGCCGUGGGCUGCGGCGGGUGCGAGGGACGGAACAGCUGAGCAGGAAUGCGUGUUUUCGCCUCCGUGUCUGCAUUUUGGGACGGCCUGUCACCCAGGGGUGGCCGGGCGGUGCUGUGACAAGCGCCUCCGUCCCGGGCCUUGUUCAGACGCACACGAGGAACCUGCAGCCGUGCUUCUGCCGAGAGGGGCGUCGGACCGGGCGAGGGGCCCCUCGGAGCCCCCCUAGCACACAUGCCUGAGCCCAGCUGCCCAUCGCUGCCCGUCGCUGGUGGCUGUGCCCCGGAGUCAGGGCGGGUGUGACCGUGCCAGCUGGGGGCAGUCCCGGGCAGCAGGCGUCCUGGGGUCAGGCGGGGUAGCCGUGGCUGGCGUAAAGUGAGUGCCCACUUGGGGGCUUCGUGGACCGUCUCAUUGAACUUGCACCUUCGUCUCAUGAAGGUGUUUCCCCCUCGGUCCGGUGGGGAGGGAGGCUUGGACGGGUGUGGACGCUCGAGGCUGCAGGUCAGGGGCCUGGCUCUGAGUCCACACUGGCUGGCUGACCCUCACGGGGACGGGAGGCAGGCCCCCCACCCCCAGUUCUCAGCUUCGGCUCCUCCUGGCUCCGUGGGUCCUGGCCCACAUGCUGAGGGGGCCUGGCCACCAAGGGCCUGGCACCCUGGCGGUGGCCACCUGAGGCCCCACGUAGGGCCCGGGUUUGCUGGCCUUGGGGAGGGUGUAAGCAGGGUUCCUGCCACCAGGCAGGGUGGGGCCUUGGAGAAGAGCUGGGGCCCCCUCGCCCGUGAAGACCCCAGGAGGUGCGCUCCUGCCUGGUCACCUGGGAGGGACCAGCUGGCCACACUCACCCCUCAGCCAGGGUCUCCUCGGAGUGGGCGCCAGGGGUGUCCAGCCUCCUGGCCUCUGCGCCACACCAGAAGGAGGAGGGUUGUCUUGGGCCACACGUUAAAUAAACUGUAACAUGUAAUCACCAAAAAAUCUAAAGUUUUAAGUAAAUUUUCAAUUCUGUGUUGGGCCGCAUUCACAGCCACCCUGGGCUGCAUGUGGCCCACAGGCCACAGGUCGGACACCGCUGCCUUAAAGUGUAUGUCAAUUUGUCACAGUGGAUUUGACUUUUAAAAUAAAGUGAAAAAAACAAAACACCGCUUUGCAGGGA